ACGGCUCUCACGGAUAACGGAGACAUUAUUACGGCUCGUCCCGGCUCCCUCUGUGUCCUCUGCGGUCCGGCCCGAGGACGGAGAUCCCGUCUUACCGAAAGCACUGGACUGUCAUCGUGGAUUCCCCCUUUUUUUGUGACUGUCUGUGUUUUGAACUUUUCUCGCUCCCUGCAAGCUCGUGACGCCGACUCCCUCCUCUCCUUCCUCCGUCCCGAGACCGAGAGAAAUGGCAGAGAAGCGGCGGUCCCCGUGUGCGCUCAGCGUCAAGGCGCAUGCUUUCUCGGUCGAGGCGCUGAUCGGAGCGGAAAAGAGACGCAGGACGGCCGGAGAGGAUGCUGUGUCCCCCGGCUACGAGGACGGAACCGAUGGCUCUGAUCUAACCGGGAGCCCGGGGCCGCGGGCCGACAGAGCGUGCACCAGCGACCGCUGCAGCGAGGCAGAAUGUGCAAGUGACGGAUCCCCGGAGAGCGAGGACGCGCUGCUGGAGAGCCCGCAGCCCGCGGCUGUGUGCGCGGCGCCGGUCACCAGCACCGGAGAGGAGACCCGCGUGGACCUGCAGGGAUCGGACCUGUGGAAACGGUUCCACGAGAUUGGCACGGAAAUGAUCAUCACCAAGGCUGGACGGCGGAUGUUCCCCGCUAUGCGUGUCAAGAUUACGGGCUUGGACCCACAUCAGCAGUAUUACAUCGCCAUGGAUAUAAUCCCCGUGGACAACAAACGAUACAGGUACGUGUACCACAGCUCCAAAUGGAUGGUAGCAGGCAAUGCAGACUCUCCUGUGCCGCCCAGAGUUUACAUCCACCCGGACUCCCCGGCCUCAGGAGAGACGUGGAUGCGUCAGGUGGUCAGCUUCGACAAACUGAAACUGACCAACAACGAACUGGACGACCAGGGACAUAUCAUCCUGCACUCCAUGCACAAGUACCAGCCGCGGGUCCACGUGAUCCGCAAGGAGUGCGGAGAGGAGUUAUCCCCGGUGAGAGCCGUCCCUGCUGGAGAAGGCACCCGCACCUUCUCCUUCCCCGAGACUGUGUUCACCACCGUCACGGCGUAUCAGAAUCAACAGAUUACAAGGCUGAAAAUUGACAGAAACCCAUUUGCCAAAGGCUUCAGAGACUCUGGCAGAAACCGGAUGGGUCUGGAGGCCUUGGUCGAGUCUUACGCAUUCUGGCGUCCAUCUCUGCGAACGCUAACGUUUGAGGACAUCCCCGGCAUGGCCAAGCAAGGGGUCCCAGGAGCUCAUGGAGGGGUCGGAGCGUCACCUCACCUGCUCUCCACGUCCCCGUGCUCCUCACCUUUCCAGGUUUGCUCCCUCAGCCCGCCUGAUUACACCUGCAGCCGACCCACACACCCUCUGCAUCGUUACAGCAACCCCCCGGAGCCGUUCUCCCCUCCCAGAGGUCCGUCGGUGUACGAAAGUGAAGGAUUCUGUUCCCUGCCUCUCUCCGGUUCUCAACUCGGCUAUCUAUCCAACCCCACCCCGCAGGGCUACGCUGGGCUUCGCCUCCACACGCCGCCCUACAGCCUGUACGGUUACACAUUCCCUCCCUCACCGCGCCUCGCUGCCAGCCCCGAUAAAAUGGCCGCCGCUGCCACUGCCAAUCAUCAGAGUCCCUUCCUAGGCUCGUCUCCCAGCGGGACCCUAACGGACAGUCUGGGCGUGCUCAGCGGAGGACAGCAGGGAUUCUUGUUUGACUCCCGGACUUUGGGACUGGCAGGUAGCCAGCCGGGAGGUGGGGCCUCACAGGUCACGGCCCACAUGGGCUGAAUUUGAAUCCGGACAUGUAGGGUUGUCACGAAAACAAAAUGGCACCCUGGAAUGGGUGUAAGUUGCUUUUGGUCCAGAACGUUCUACGAAUUAAUCAUCCAGUUGCCAAACAAGCAGGGCUGAAUUGUGGACAAACAGAGAGGAGUGACAGAUCAAGCCACUGCCUCUGUGAGCAUCGAGAGCCUGUCAGAGCUUCUUUUUAUCUGAAGGGAAUCUUUUUAACAAGUUCUUAACUUUCAAGUAUGUUCUGCAGGACAUGCAUGUGCAGCUGUAGUGGUCACUGAAGGGAGGACCCUUCUGCAGCUCUGGAUAAGGAGUCUGAACGAUGUAACCCAGUCAUUGAACUGGAACUGACUAUGGAUUGGGCAGAAACUGGGCUGGCCCAGCACUCAAAGCAAGCACUUCAACCCCUGGCAGGAGUCCCUGAAGCAGUAACCAUUAUACUCACACAGCAUUCUACAUUGCCUCUUUGAUCUCGCCUACUUUGGAUGGAGUUACUGAACACUACUUUUAAACUUGUUUUUAUGGGAUAUAUUGACUAAAUUCCUUUUGUCGAUUAAAUUCUUUGUCAUGACGUGCCUGGUGAUGUUCUCGGUCAGGUCUUUGGAAUAACAGACAUGUAGCUUAAGUCCACUUAGUAAUAUGCACUACAGGCAGGGCCUUUUCACCACUUUGACUUCUUCAAAGAACUUCUAUAUACAACACCACGAGCCUGUCGCAUAUUCACGCAAUGACAUCAUGGCCACGAAGAGAGCCGUGGGAGACAUCCCAGUAACAGUUACGGACUGACGGGGUUAAAGCGGCGGAGGGAUGACGGGUGACGGACUGAUCUACAUGUUCCGCGUCUGGUUUGACAGACAUUUACUCGAUGUAGCUGUCUGGAUGUCAGGCUGAAGUACAUCUUCUCCUUGUGUGACACAGAUGUAACAACACAUGACGACUCUGUAUAUAGUGGGGGGAAGGCGGGCAGGAGGAAAGAUGUGUAUAUAAAGGGACGUGUGACCCUUCGCACUUAAAAACCCCAAUGCACCUGCUUCUGCUCUUUAGACCGGGUCAGGUGCGCAACAGCCAACCCUGAGCCUGCCUGAAAAGCUUUUCUUUGCAAACACGCGCUAUAUCAGCACGCCCUUUGGCCGAGGACAUGAACGCUGUGACCUUUUUGAGCCGAAUAAAAUAUAUCUAUUCAUGUCACAAUGUUAAUAUGUAAUCAAUAUCUUAGUAAUUUAACUGAUUUUGUAUUGUUUAUUAAGGCAAUUGUGAACAUACAUGUGUGAGCGUUUUAUUUCCACAUUUUUUUUUAACUAAGGCAAUUACAGUGCUUUAAAUAUAAUAUU